AUGGAUGCGCUGGAGCGUUUGAGCGUGAUCUCGCGCAUCACCACGGAACUCCACAAUCACUGGGGUGUCAGCGACCGCGACCUCGCUGAGUUCGUGGUGCAUCUCGGCGAAGAGGCCUCGUCGCUUGAGGAGUUCCGUGAGCAGCUCCAGGAGAACGGCGCGGCCGUCUCCUCUUCGCUCGCCGUCUCGCUCUACACUACCAUUCAAAAACUCUCGCAAAAGAAACGCGCGACCUCAAAAAACAGCCUCAUCGAGCCCCCCGUCGCCGCACGCCCCGUGGCGUCCUCUUCCUCUUCUUCAUCCUCCUCCUCGUCUUCUUCUUCCUCUGACGCUUCUUUGCCGAACUUCUCUGCGGUCGGGCCUGACCACGUGCUGACGGAGAAGGAGCAGAAGUUUCCAGGCUUGUGUCGCCCGAACGACUUCUCGCGUCCUGAGCUCCAGCUCGAGCGCCCGGAUGAGCAUGCGCCGCUCUCUGAACGCGCGCAGCGCCUUCUGCACGCGGAGAAGGAUGAGAGGGAACUGCUGAAGGAGCAGAAAGAGGCGCUGAAGCGCGGAAAGGACUCGGGCUUUGCGCCUCUCACCGCAGGAACGGGCGCCAACAGCAUUCCCCUCGGUGGCGCGAAGGCCUCCGAGGCUGGCGAGCGGCCUAAAGGCAAGGCGCCGGCGCACUACUACGGCAAGAAAGGACCGAUGGUACGCUACGCGAUCUACGAGGGCAUCGUAGAGAAAGUCGUCGAAUUCGGCGCCUUCGUGCGUCUCGAAUUCGAAGACGGCCGCCGACAGGGCCUUCUUCAUGUCGCCGACAUGGUAAAGGCAGAUGGAAGAUCGAUGCAGCCACAGGAUAUUGUCAGCCGCAAUAUGGCCGUCAAGGUGAAGAUUUUGGGAAUUGCGGGUACAAAGAUCUCGCUGUCUAUGCGCGAAGUCGAUCAAGAGACGGGAGAAGACCUCAAACCGCGGGGCGAAUUCGCCAAGCAGGAAGAGGAAGCUUCAGAGGCGAAGAAGGUCCGCGUUGACGAGGAGGCGGAGGAACGUGAGAGGCAGGGCAUUGGCCGCCUGACGGGCAUUCGAAUCGACUCGAAAGACAACCAAGCGGAGUCGCUGUACUGCCGCAAGCGCAAGCUGAUGAGCGACUUCGAUAAGUGGGAGGCGCAGCAGCUGCUCCACAGCGGGCUGUUGUCUCGCGAGGAGCAUCCUUUGUUCGACGACGAGCUGGGGAUUCUGCCGCAGACCGAAGUCGAGGAAGACGUGGAAAUUGAGAUUCGCGAAGACGAGGCGCUGUUCCUACGCGGGCAGACUACCCGAACCGGUAUGCAACUGAGCCCAGUGAAGAUCGUCGCCAACCCUGACGGCUCACUCGCGCGCGCAGCAGCCACCGCGACUGCGCUGGCGAAGGAGAGAAGAGAAAUCCGCAGCGCGCAGGAGGCGGCAAUCCUCGACUCCAUCCCCAAGGACAUGAGCAGACCGUGGGAAGACCCUGCGCCGGGGCCUGGAGAACGAACAAUCGCGCAGGCGCUCAAGGGCCUGGGGCAAACGAGCUACGAGAUGCCCGAGUGGAAGAAAAUGUACAUCGGCAAGAGUGUCAGCUUCGGUCAAAAGAGCAACAAAAGCAUCGCUGAACAGAGGCAGAGUCUGCCGAUCUACCGCCUCAAAGAGCCGCUCAUCAAGGCGAUCAAAGACAACCAAGUCCUCAUCGUCAUUGGAGAAACAGGAAGCGGCAAAACGACGCAGAUGACCCAGUACGUGGCGGAGGCGGGAUUGAUAAGCCCGGGGACGAUGAUUGGAUGCACGCAGCCGCGGCGUGUGGCGGCGAUUUCGGUCGCGAAGCGUGUCGCGGAGGAGUUUGGCUGUCGCGUGGGGCAGGAGGUCGGCUACAACAUCCGCUUCGAAGACUGCACCAGCGCAGACACCAUCAUCAAAUACAUGACAGACGGCAUGCUUCUGCGAGAGGCACUGAUGGAUGCUUCCCUCAAGAGAUACUCCAUGGUCAUGCUCGACGAGGCUCACGAACGCACCAUCAGCACAGACGUCCUCUUCGGUCUCCUCAAGGAUUGCUGUCGGCGUCGGCGGGACUUCAAGCUGAUUGUUACGUCCGCGACAUUAGACGCGGAGAAGUUUUCGAAUUACUUUUUCAACUCACACAUUUUCACGAUUCCAGGGCGCACGUUCCCCGUCGAGAUACUGUACACGAAGGAGCCCGAGGCAGACUAUGUGGAGGCGUCGCUGAUCACGGUGCUGCAGAUUCACCUCUGUGAGGCGCCGGGAGACAUUUUGCUCUUCUUGACAGGGCAGGAGGAAAUCGAUACAGCGUGCCAGACGCUGCACGAGCGCAUGCAGAAGCUCGAAAGCACCAAUCCGCCGCCGCUUAUCAUUCUGCCGGUCUACUCCGCGCUGCCCUCUGAGAUGCAGACGAUGAUCUUCGACCCCGCCCCCGCCGGAUGCCGCAAAUGCGUCGUCGCAACCAACAUCGCAGAGGCCUCGCUCACCAUCGACGGAAUCUACUUUGUCAUCGACCCGGGUUUCGCCAAAAUGAAAAUGUACAGUCCCAAGACCGGCAUGGACAGCCUCGUCGUCGCGCCGAUCAGCCAGGCGAACGCGCGACAGAGAGCAGGCCGCGCCGGGCGCACAGGACCCGGGAAAUGCUACAGGCUGUACACCGAGCAGGCGUAUCGCUGUGAAAUGCUGCCGACCGCAGUGCCUGAGAUUCAGCGCACGAACUUGGAGAAUACUGUGCUGCUUCUGAAGGCCAUGGGUGUGAACGACAUGCUCAACUUUGACUUCAUGGAUCCGCCGCCCGUCCAGACGCUGAUCAACGCCCUGGAGAGUCUGUACGAGUUGGGUGCGCUGGACGACGAGGGCCUGUUGACGCGCCUCGGUCGGAAGAUGGCGGAGUUCCCGAUGGAGCCACAGCUAAGCAAAAUGCUUCUCGCGAGCGUAGACCUCAAGUGCAGCGACGAAAUCAUCACAAUCGUUUCCAUGCUCAGCGUGCAAAACGUCUUCUACCGACCAAAGGACAAGCAAGCUAUGUCAGACCAGCGCAAGAGCUGCUUCCAUCAGCCCGAAGGCGAUCACGUCACAUACCUCGAAAUCUACAGAGGCUGGCAGCGCAACCGCUUCUCGAACUCUUGGUGCUUCGAAAACUUCGUCCAGAGUCGAGCGCUGCGACGCGCACAGGACGUCCGCAAACAACUCAUCACAAUCAUGGACAGAUACAAACUCGACAUCAUCUCCGCAGGCAAAGACUACAACCGAAUUCGCCGCUGCAUCUGCGCAGGGUACUUCAGACACGCCUGCCGCCGCGACCCGCAAGAGGGAUAUCGGACGUUGGUGGACCACACGCAGGUCUUCCUGCAUCCGUCCAGCGCGCUCUACAACCGACACCCUGAGUGGCUCAUCUACCAUGAGCUCGUGUUGACAACUAGGGAGUACUUGCGCGACUGCUGCACAAUUGAGCCGCAGUGGCUUGUCGAAGUCGCGCCCAAGCUUUUCAAACUCGCCGACCAGCAGCGUCUGUCGAGGCGCAAGAUGCGCGAGAGAAUUGAGCCGCUGUACGAUCGCUUCGCCGAGCCUAACGCAUGGCGUCUGUCGAAGCGCAAAGGCUGA